AAAACACUAAAACGACUGUAAUUGAGAAUAGAAGAUUGAUUUUGAGCUCUUGGAGACAAUAAUUGAAAAGUUUAAGAGCACAUCUCUUCCCUUAUAAUCACAGCACAAAAAGACAGCUCUCCGCCAGCGCAAAACAACCAUAAUAUCGCCGCCGACGACGGUGAUAAUGAUUGCACUCCUUUUCGUUUUCCAUUUUUAGCAGUAGCAUUGGUUUCGCAAUCAUUACGGUUUGUUUUACCUUUUUCUUCGUCUUCUUUCUCAAAUUUUCUAGUUUAAGUUCAGUCGCGGGGGUUUUUAGGGUUUUGUUGAGGGAGGAGGAGGAUGGCGGAGGUUAUUCUCCACAUCUACGAUGUGACGAACAGUGCCUCCGACAAGACCAACUCCACCAUUCUUCAGAUCAACAGGAUUUUCAAGGACGGCAUCGGUCUCGGCGGCAUCUUUCACAGCGCUGUUCAGGUUUAUGGAGAUGAGGAAUGGUCAUUUGGGUUUUGUGAACAAGGUACUGGUGUAUUUAGCUGCCCUGCAGGACAGAAUCCAAUGUAUUCAUAUCGUGAAAGCAUCAAUCUUGGACAAACAAACUAUUCAAUUUUCAAGGUGAAUCAGAUACUCAGAGAACUUAGUAGAGAGUGGCCAGGUUGCUCGUAUGAUUUGUUGUCAAAGAACUGCAAUCACUUUUGUGAUGAGUUCUGCGAAAGACUAGGUGUGCCCAAGCUUCCAGGUUGGGUAAAUAGGUUUGCCAAUGCUGGUGAUGCUGCUGUUGAGAUAGCAGGAAACACGGCCUUUCGGCUGAGGCAAGCGAAAACAGAGAUUGUUACAGCAAGCAAAGUGGCUUAUCGAUUCUUGCAAGGGAUCGCCUCCAAUAAUUCUGGUAGUAACCCCGAUUCCCCUAGCAACUCCAACAGAGGAAGUCCUCGUCUCCAAGCCACUUGGUUCAAAAACCUCAUUUCUACGGGGGCCAGACCAUCAAGUAGUUCGGAUGUAGAGAGUCGAGAUGAAGACAUUAUGCGGCCUGGACCUCCACAGCAGCGUCAAGAUGCAGAAGCACCACCACCUCUAAGGCAGAGCCCCGUGCAUGGACCGUGAAGGAGUUUUCUCCCAAUCAUAGUUGUGUUACAUUCAAGAACAUGUAGAGACUAAACUUGGAAUUGUUUGUGGGAUCAGUGUGUAGUGUAAAAACUGAAUUUGUUGAUUACUGCGUUUAGUCUUUCUUGUAAUUGUAAUUGAAUUGAACGCCGCCCACAUGGUAUCUACCAUGAUUUGCAUUGAAGUCGUUGAAAGUAAAAACGAGGUUUAGAGUUCAUAUGA